UUCGAUGCGGGUCUAUAGUAUGUGUGUGUAUUUGUACAUUCAACCGACAGGCACACCUGGACGAAAUUUGAAGGUGCUGCGUCUGCCGCUGUCUGGAUACAUCGAUCGGUCUCUGCUUAUGGUUUACAUUGAUCGAUGCUGCACCGGAAACGCUGUAUUUGGGUUUGCAAAGCAGCUUAUACAGCGGGUAAAGAAGCCCAGUGAAUUACAUCCAAGAAGCCCGUUGGUGUACGUUCUUGCCAGUUUUACGGAGUGCGAGUGGGCACCUUAGUAGAGGGACUUGUUUUAUUACCUCUGCCGGGGAUCCGCAACACGGUAAUCAACACGGUAAUACAGCUGCGCAGGCCUGUUAACGGAAGCGCUAAUCAUGACGGACGAAGCCGCAAAACGCGGACAUAAAAUGUUCACAUCGAUGCAGGAUGCCAUCGCUCUGGUAACGGGAGGUCCAUCGGGAAUUGGACAGGCUUGCGCCGCCCGGCUAGCCGAUCAGGGAGCACGCGUCGUCAUCGUGGAUGUCCAUUCCUCUCCCGGUCAUAGCAGCAUCGCUACGAAACACAAGAACCAUGUCGAAUUUGUUGUUGCUGAUGUAAGCCACGUAAUGUUUCCCUUGACCGUCAAUAUUAUGUCAGAGUUAGUGUAUCUGACAGGUGAAAAUCUAAUGUAGUGUUUUUGCCUGCACUAGAAGUGUAAUAUGUUUUUGUAUA